AGGUCGAGCAGUUUGCACGACCAAUGCAUAAAGUGAGCCUCCAAAGCCACCACAUUGACCGGUCUACAUACAUUGCACACACACACACACACCAAUUUUCCUCUACUGGUCUACCUGGUAGAACCUUCUAUAUCCACGUGGCAUCACCAUACUACCACAACAUCGUCCACGUGGCAUCAAAUUCCCACCACACGACUGUCCACGUCGGAUCUUCUUGACCGUUGUUUUGUCGUCUUCCUACUCCCCCUCCUACCCAAAUAUAACUACUACCACACUGCCACCUCACUUCCUUCUUACACCAACAACAUUAACCUAUCAUCAUCUCAUUCUCAUCCAAAAUUAACCUCAAAAAUGGACGGCGGCGGCGAAAUCAAAUUCCGCGGCGUCCGGCGGCGGCCGUGGGGGAAGUACGCGGCGGAGAUACGAGAUUCCGGCAAGAACGGCGCACGUGUGUGGCUGGGGACGUUCGGCACGGCGGAGGAAGCCGCCAGAGCCUACGACCGCGCCGCCUACUCUAUGAGGGGACAUUUGGCUAUCCUUAAUUUUCCCGAAGAGUACAACCUGCCUAGGAGCUCCUCCCAUUUUAUCAAUUCCGGCGGCGCUGCCACGUCAGCUUCCGCCAGCUCAGCAUCGCAGCGCAGCACAGAAGGCCGUAAUGGCGGACAGGUUUUUGAAUUCGAGUGCUACGAUGACAAGUUGCUGGAGGACCUUCUUGAUUACACCAAAUAUGGCAAGAAUAGGGGCUGAUCGAUUAUAAUCGAUUUUUUUUAAAAAAAAUUAAUUAUUUUAUUGAAAUAUAUAUAUAAAAAUCCAUUCAUCAGUUCAAGAACAUAUAUAUAUAUAAUUAUUUAAUGCAUAUGACAUUUCAAUUUUAAGUAGUAAUUAUCUCUGCGAGCAAACGUAAGUCCUAGAAUAUACAUACAUAUAUAUUUAUCAUAAUAAAAUAUACUU